AUGGGGAGUUACAGUGAAGAGUGUGAGGAUCAGUUUUAUGAUACCAGGGAGGACCUGUCUUCUGUGUCAGAUUGGGGUGCAGAUUGCUGUGAGGAUUGUAGUCCUAUUGCUUUGGUUUUUUCGAGGUAUGAGUGUUGGAGUAAGAACCCUGAAAGUGUUCAUGAGCGCCGCCAUAGGUUUCUCAAAUGGAUGGGUUUGGAUAUAGAUCGGAAUUUGAGUAUGACAGAAGAGUCAGAUGAUGGCUUCUUUGUUGACAGAAGUAGAACGGGUAUUGAUAGAAUGAAAGAAGACAGUGGGGUGGUGUUGAGAAGUUCAGGUUUCGAAGAGGGGUGUUGCUCAAAUCAGUGUACGUUGUCUUCUUUAUCAAGUGAAGUUCGAGUAUCACUAGGAAAUGCUUUGGAUGAGAAUUUUGAAUUUCCAACUAGGAAAUUGAAUGAUCGAAGGGACUUUGUUGUGGAUGAAUUGCGUGGGGAUGGAAUACUCAGAAAAUUCCGUGGGUUGAGACUAAACCAGUUGGUCAGUGCUGGGGAGAUUCAUUCCACCCGUGCACCUGCACCAUCUCCUUCAAUUCAGCAAUUAUUGCAGAGAGAAGUUGAAAAUGCUAGGUACUUGCUUGAUGCAAAAAAGACGGCUAAAAGAGGAUGGUUAAAGAAGUUACGCAUUGGAAUGUGUGUUGCUGAUAAACCUGGGGCUGCACUGAGCCCCAUCAGUCUUAAAGCUGCAACACGGACAGGGAUGCAAAGAGUCCGGGUUCAAUCAAGUAAAAAGCGGAGCAAGGAACUGUCUUCUCUUUACGGUGGACAAAACUUUUCGGCUCAUAAGGGGUCAAUUUUGUCUAUGAAGUUCAGUCUUGAUGGGCAAUACCUGGCCAGUGCUGGUCAAGAUGGCAUCGUCCGUGUAUGGAAGGUGAUUGAGGAUGAGAGAAUAGAUAGAUUUGAUAUUGCGAAUGAUCCUUCUUCUCUUUACUUCAAAAUGAAUCCAUUUUCUAAGAUAGGCUCUCAGGUUGUGGACAAAGAGAAACAAAGUAAUGCAAAGAAAUUGGGUGGAUCAUCGGACUCAGCUUGUGUGAUUUUCCCUCCAAAGAUUUUCCGCUUAACGGAGAAGCCUCUACAUGAGUUCCGUGGACACAGUGGUGAUGUCUUAGAUCUCUCAUGGUCAAAGAAUGGGUUUCUGCUGUCAUCCUCUGUUGAUAAGACAGUUCGACUAUGGCAAGUGGGAUGUGACAGAUGCCUGAGAGUCUUCUCUCAUAAUAAUUAUGUGACAUGUGUUGAUUUCAACCCUCUGGAUGAUAAUUACUUUAUCAGCGGUUCAAUAGAUGGAAAAGUUCGCAUCUGGGAAAUUAUCCGUUGUCUGGUUGUGGAUUAUAUUGACGUCCGCGAGAUAGUCACUGCUGUAUCUUAUUGUCCUGAUGGAAAGGGAGGAAUUGUGGGCUUCGUCACCGGAAACUGCUGCUUUUUUAAUAUUAUAGAUGAUCACUUGAAAUUGGAUGCUCAGAUAUGCAUACAGGGUAAAAAGAAGUCGGUGGGAAAGAGGAUUACUGGUUUUCAGUUUUCUCCAAGCAACCCAAGAAAAGUUAUGGUCACCUCUGCCGAUUCAGUAAUACGUGUCAUUUCUGGGACUAAGGUCAUCUGCAAAUUUAAGGGCCUACGAAGUGGAGGAAGCCAUGUUUCUGCAUCUUUUACCUCGGAUGGAAACCACAUUGUUUCGGCAAGUGAGGAUUCAAGUGUUCACAUCUGGAACUACAAUGGCCAGGAGACAUCCUCUUCACGAUCAAAGAACAUAAGGUCUUGUGAGAGUUUUGUGUCCCACAACUCGAUGAUCGCUAUACCUUGGAAUGGUGUGAAUGACCUUCCAGCAAUGCUUCCAUCCCCUGCAUUCAUCGGGGAUUCACAGGGAAGAAGUAGCCUUGAUAGUCCGCUGAAGCUUCUCAAUUUCGACGAGAGAGUACAACAGAAAAUGCAUCUCUCUUCACCUGAUUGCUUCUCUCUGGGUCGUGGGUUUUUGUUGGAGUCAUUGCCAAAGGGUACUCCAACUUGGCCCGAAGAAAAGCUUGUGAACUCAAGUCCCGUGCCCCCGGUGCCCGUUUCCCCAACAAUGUCAAGAUCAGAGUACAGGUUCUUGAAGAAUGCAUGUCAGAGCUUGUCUUCUUCUUCUCAUAUGUGGGGCCUCGUGAUUGUCACAGCCGGCUUGGAUGGACGUAUUAGAACUUACCACAAUUAUGGGUUACCAACUCGUUAUUAAGACCCCUUGUCCGGCCAUCAUCAGGCCUAAAGCUGGCACUUUUUAGACAGUGAUUUGCAUCAUUGCAAUCACCGCCAGUACUCAUCAAUAAUUCUUGGCUCUUGUUCAAUGCAGUAUCAUUGACAGUUUGCCAGGUUUACAUAGUGUGCACAGUUGAAGAUUACCCAACUGUAUAAUACUUCAGGCAGGUCAUGCCGGGUGCAACUACAGUUCUCGAUUCAACUGCAGUCUUACCAAGGUUGUCAACAACAGUGGCUGGGGGAUUGCUUUUGUUUUGUAUCCGUUCAUCUUAUACGAGUCCGUUACAUGAUUCUUUAAUUUGUUUCAGCCCAGAAAUUAUACAGAAUUUCUUGUGCAGUAGUUGUCCCCCUAUAGACUAGACUAGAUGUGUAUACGAAAUACAAGUGUGUAUAGUAUAGGUGAUUCUGAGGCAUCUUCUCAUAGCCCUACAUUCAGAAAGAUUGUAUUUGUGCAUGAAAUUUCAUUUUAUGAAAUUAAAUUUUUGGUGGCUGCUCUUUCAUUCUCAGCUAACGCCUUCACCACCUUUUCUUAAUUCUUUUGUGGAGAG